AUGCCUUCAAUCAGAUUGACAACGACCCGCAAAUCCAGCCGCACCUCGAGCCCCUUUGUUCGGUCCGCAGACGACUCUCCUGCACCACCUGUAGAGACGAAGAAAGGAAAGGCUCAGACGUCGUUGGACCAGUGGAUUGAACCGCCGUUGAAGGAACCUACGCCCAGCUUUCGAGAUCAUGGCUUUGAACGGGGUGGAGUGUUGGAGAACAUGCAACCUCUAGGGCAACCACCGAGCGCGAAACUCAAGGCAAAGGUCAAAGGCGACCUGCAGCGACGUCCAGAUACCGGCAGGAAUGGACUCAUGUUCACCCUGGAGGAGGCUGGGGAGACUUCGGAGGCGACACCCUCGGUCGAGCCGCGCCGGUCGGAAUCCCAGAAGCCAGAAGAGAUGCUGCCAGAUAUACUACCGAGUAGAGAUGAUGAGGCCGAUGAUGACUACAUGCCGCGGAAGAAACUCAAGACUGCACCGCGGCCGCAGAAGAGCGCUGGCAUGAAAAGCGGGACGGUCACUGCAACACCAGCACAGAGUCGCGAGCGUUCGUCAUCGAACGCGGGGAUUCAUAUUCGAACUCCUGUCGGCCACGGGCUGCUCCAGCUGAUAGUCGACAACGCUGCUAUAAAGGCUGCCAGAAGCGGCGAUCGCCGGCUCGGUGAUGCUCUCCACAACAUGUAUCGGGAGAGCUUCCAGGACGAAGGCCUCGCCGUCCUACUAAACGACAUUCUCGCGAACAAAGCGACUGCUGAACAGGCUGUUACAUUCAAGAAAUACAUAAGGCAACAGAAAAAGCUACUGAAGGUCUCGCGGCGCAUGUCGCGACAAUACAACAAUAGCCUUCACUCUCUUUCGUCGCUCAGCGACGUCGACGAGAGGAUCGUCGAAGAAGGUCUUCCGACAUCUCUAGACAUGAGUGUCGCUAUAACCUCAAAGACAUCCGCGGGCGCUGCGCCGAGCAGCGCUGCUAGACCUAAGUUGUCGCUCACUCUCAAGCAGCCAAAGCCUUCCAAACCGAAGCCAUCAACUUCAAAGAAGAGAACUCCAGAUCAAGCUGGUCUUGAUCGUGAGCCUGAGCUAACCGAGGAAGAGUUCAACGUCGUCCGGGAGAAGUUGAACGAAUCCUUGGUCAAGGACUACAAGAUUCCAGAAAGCCACAUACGCCCACCACUCGCUGUUCAGCCAGAAUCUGCCAGACCGUCUCCGAGCGUACACGUUCCGCCCGUGCACCUUCCAGCAGUAUCCUCUCGCGAACCGAACGGAGUUCUAAGACAUCUCACGCGGGACGAGCUUUUAAGAAAUGGCCGUGGUACCCUCAGCUCACCACGCCCUGAAGUCUUCGCACCUGGCCCAGGAUCUGCAAGUCGACCAAACACGCCGCUCGUGCUGGAUCGUCCGGCGAAGAAGCGCAAGACAGCGCGUAUGAAGAUGUCCCCCGUGAAGAAGAAGACGACGGUUGUCGCCGGUGUUGCUCGCGCGGUUGGCGGGAUGGAAAGUCCGAUCGGCUAUGAUGACAACGACAGCCGUUCCGAGAACAGUGAUUUCUGCUCCGCUUGCAGCGGCAGCGGCCUCCUCGUUUGCUGCGAUGGAUGCGACCGUUCAUUCCAUUUCACUUGCUGUGAUCCGCCGCUCGAUCGCAACGCAUCUGCACUGGACGAGCCGUGGUUCUGUUCCCGCUGCUUAGGAAAAGGGCAUGUGGCACCAACACCGUCGCGUGGCCUGUUCUCUGCUCUGCUCGAUGAGAUCAGUAGGCGUAACCCGACCGCCUUCGGUCUGCCAAAGGACGUCCAGGAGUACUUUGAAGGCGUUAAGGCUGGUGAUGAAGGCGAGUAUGAGGAGGCGCACGCGCAGAAGUCUGUGAAAAAUCGCACUGGCUGGUCCGAGGUGGUCGACAACACGAAGGCGUUGUACGACUCCAAGGGUAACACGAUCCUUUGCACGCAGUGUAGUCGCUCUACUCUGGACAGGCGCUCGUUGGUUGAGUGCGACUACUGCGGUGAUUACUGGCACCUCGAUUGUCUUGAUCCUCCUCUGGCAAAUCCUCCUGCACGAGGAAGCAAAGACAACUCGAGGAACAUGUGGAUGUGUCCACGGCACAUCGACCAGGAUCUGCGCCGUCUUGCUCCCGUCGGUUGCGGAGGCAGAGUGCACCGCGUUCGCAGGCCAAGAAACGCGAAGAUCGUCGACGUCGCCCUGCGCCGUGGCUUCAAGAACAAUGGUCUCAUUGAGAUCGAAAACGAAUCAAGUGACGAUGAAUUCAUUGAGGAGAAUGUUGGCGAAGAUGGAGUCAUCCACCGCAUUCCAGAACGCGGCGUCAAGCUGGACUUCAUCAACAAGGUCAAGCAAGCUCGUUCCAACCGAGGGCUGAACAUGGGUGUGGCUUCUGGACGCGUUACCAAGAGCAGCCAUGCAGGUUCUGCCCGGGCACAGCUUCGAGAUAACUUUGCCAAGCGACCCUUCGCUGAGCAGAAGCUCGCUCUUAACCUCGCACAGCUUGCUCAGAAGGAGGCCGAUCUCGGCUUAGACGGUGAUCGUGUUCAGGCGCUCGUCUACGGCCUCACUGCCAAUGCUCCGGAGAAUGUUGCUGCAGCGAUCGCACAUGCCGAGCAUGAGGCACCGUCCGUUUCACAAUCCUUGGCCACGGCCGCUAUUCCGCCCCUCAUGGUCGAGGGCGAACCUUCGGAUGAGGAGCGCCGCCAACUUGAGGCCCUUGCUAAGCUUAUCAAGCGCCGCCUUACUGGCGAGAAAGCAUAA